CAAGUGUUUUAUUGAGUGUUCUCAUUUUCUGCCUCUACUAUAAAUACCAUCCACCGAUCUGAGUUUUCACCGACAAAAACUAGCCAAUAAUACAAAUAUAGCUCAGUCGACUGGUUUCAACAAUGGCAGCCACACUUGUUUCACUAGCCCUUUCAAUCCUUUUCAUUUCUUCUUCAGUAAAUGCACUGAGCUUGAACUACUAUGACAAAACAUGCCCACAUCUUGAGUCCGCUGUCACCGAUGCCGUCAAGUAUGGCAUUGUAAAUGACAAAACAGUUCCAGCUGCUCUGCUUCGGAUGCACUUUCACGAUUGCUUCAUAAGAGGUUGUGAUGCUUCUGUGCUGCUGGAAUCAAAGGGAAAUCAAAAGGCAGAAAAGGACGGACCUCCUAACAUUUCAUUGCAUGCAUUUUAUGUCAUUGACAACGCAAAGAAAGCAGUGGAAGAGUUGUGCCCCGGCGUCGUCUCUUGUGCUGAUAUCUUGGCUCUGGCGGCUCGUGAUGCCGUUGCUCUGUCUGGAGGUCCCACUUGGCAAGUACCAAAAGGGAGAAAAGAUGGAAGAAUCUCAAAAGCAGCCGACACUAGCCAAUUACCAGCUCCAGUUUUCAACAUCACUCAAUUACAGCAAAGCUUCUCCCAAAGAGGCCUGAACUUGAACGAUCUUGUGGCUCUCUCAGGGGGACACACACUUGGGUUUGCUCAUUGCUCAUCAUUCCAGAACAGAAUUCACAAUUUCAAUGGCUCCGUUGACAUCGACCCGUCACUGAAGUCAACCUUCGCAGCCACCUUAAGAAGCAUUUGCCCGGAGCACAACAAGGUGAGAAGUGCUGGCAUCACAAUGGAUUCAACCACCACAGCAUUUGACAAUGCAUACUACAAGUUACUUCUCAAAGGGAAGAGUAUAUUUUCUUCAGAUGAAGCUCUACUCAGUACCCCAAAAACUAAAGCAUUGGUUUCUAAGUUUGCUAGCUCCCAAGAAGAGUUUGAUAAUGCUUUUGUGAAGUCCAUGAUCAAGAUGAGUAGCAUCCCUGGUGGGCAAGAGAUUAGGCUGGAUUGCAGAAAAGUUAGAUGAUUUUAGCCGAGUAGAUUUAAUUAACGUGAGUGAGCUAGGCGGUCCCAGCUAAAAAUUAUUGUGUCUCUUCUAGUACAACUGGAUAGUAUUUUUUUUUUUCUUCUUCAGGGAUCAAAGUAAUAAAUGUGGACAAUGUGCAAGUGUCUUUGCAUGCAAGUUUGUGUUGUUUAUGCCACCGUCAAAGUCGACGAUGUUAGAAUUAAAAUUAUUAAUAAACAUGUGUUUGGUUUUCAAUUA